AUGACAAAUUUACGCGUUUCAUUUACAUCAGAAUCUCCAGGAAAAGUCCUAAUUUCUUCCGAAACUACUUGGUUUUCGUUAUACCCCUUGUUUUUAAUAGUCCCAAUAUCUUUAUUAUCAUUUAUCACAUUAUUUGGCACCUAUAGAUUAGUUUUACUUAGAAAACGAGAUUAUAUCCCGUUAGCAUAUAGACAUCGUUUGUCACCUUUAUCUAGAAUAAUUUAUGGAAUAAGUGGUUUUGUGACGCUAACUUACCUUGCUGAUUGUGCUAUUAUCAUCUUUAGAGCAUUAGAAUCUAGAAUCUGGACUUCAAGUUAUAUUGUCUUUUAUGAUGUUGGAUCAUGGACAGCUUGGGUUUUAAAUUUGUUGUUGAUGAUUUAUGAAAGAAAAAAAUUAGGAAAAUGGUCAUCUAUCAACUAUUGUUUCUAUAUUUUAUCACUUUUUACCGAAUCCUUGAUUUUUUAUUAUUGGAUAAUUCAAUUUAAAUCUAAAAAACCCGGAAUUGAAGUGUCGUAUUAUGAUCAAGCUUUUUUAUAUAUAAUAACAACUCGUUAUAUUGCUCUCAUAAUUGCAUGUUUCACUUCAUUGAUUCAUAUCCUUCGUUCUUCCUCAAACCGAGAAGGUCUUGAAUCAAGCCGAGGUCUUCUUGGUGAUAAUACAUCCUAUGGCACCUUUUCAUCUAAUGAAAAUGAUAACCAUACAGAUCAACCACAAACGCAACCUGAAAAGGGCGCUUUUGCAGGAUUUUUUGAAAAAAUGAAAAAACUUUUACCUUUUUUAUGGCCUAAAAAUAAUAUUUGGCUACAAACUUUAGUUUUUAUUUGUUUUGGUCUAUUAAUAGCUGCACGUAUUGUAAAUGUGUUGGUUCCACAACAACUAAAGAUAAUUACAAAUGAAUUGGUUGGUGAAGAUGGUAACCCACCAAGAUUUGUAUGGAGAUCCAUUGCGUUCUUUGUAUUCCUUAGAUUUUUGCAAGGUGGUGUUGGUUUAAUUCAAGCAUCACAAAAUUAUUUAUGGAUUCCUAUCGGCCAGUAUACAACUCGUGAAAUUUCAGUCAAAAUGCUUUCAUUGGCUUACCAUAUAAAUCGUAAAACAGGCGAAGUUUUACGUGUUAUGGAUCGAGGAACGAAUAGUAUCAUUUCGCUACUUAAUCAAAUAUUAUUUCAGAUCUUUCCUGUCAUUGUUGACAUUUCCGUAGCUGUCAUAUAUUUUAUUGUUGAAUUUGGUUGGAUGUUCGGUGUCAUUGUAUUUGCUACGAUGGCGAGUUAUAUUAUUGUCACAAUUUGGAUUACUGAAUGGAGAACACAAUUUAGACGUGAUAUGAUUGAGACAGAUAAUGAUGCACGAUCUAAAGCCGUGGAUUCACUUUUGAAUUUUGAGACCGUCAAAUAUUAUAAUGCUGAACAAUUUGAAGUCAAACGAUAUGAUGAUGCUAUUAUCAAGUACCAAAUUGCUGAUUAUAAAGUAUCAGCAUCGCUCAACAUGCUUAAUCUUAGCCAGAAUUUGGUUAUUACUGUAGGAUUGUUGGCAGGUUGUUUAUUAUGUGCUUGGAAAGUAACUAUUGGUGAUUUUGGAGUUGGUGAUUUUAUUCUCUUUAUCACUUAUAUCAAUCAAUUAUACGGACCGCUUAAUUGGUUUGGUACAUAUUAUCGUAUGAUCCAACAAAAUUUCAUUGAUAUGGAAAAGAUGCUUUCAUUAUUUAAAGAACAACAAAGUGUUCAAGAUUUGCCCGGAGCAAAAGACUUAAAAGUUACCGAAGGAUCAGUUAUUUUCGAAAAUAUCGGUUUUUCAUAUGAUCCAAGAAAUUCGGCUCUUAAGGAUAUUUCAUUUGAAAUUCCAAAAGGCAAAACGGUCGCUUUAGUAGGUCCUAGUGGUGGCGGAAAAUCAACAAUUCUUCGACUCCUUUUCCGAUUCUAUGAUGUUGGUUCAGGAAGGAUAUUAAUAGACGGACAAGAUAUUCGUCUUGUCAAACAAGAAAGUUUACGAAGAAGUAUUGGAGUUGUACCACAAGAUACUGUUUUAUUUAAUGAAACGAUUUACUAUAAUAUUCAUUACGGAAAUGUGAACGCAAGUGAAGAAGAAGUUUAUAAAGCUGCAAAAGCUGCUCAAAUUCAUGAUCGUAUUUUAAAUUUCCCAGAUGGCUAUGAAACACGCGUAGGAGAGCGAGGGUUGCGUUUAAGUGGCGGAGAAAAACAGAGAGUUGCUAUUGCUAGGACUAUGUUGAAGGAUCCUCCAAUCAUUCUUCUCGAUGAAGCCACAUCUGCUCUUGAUACUACAACAGAAAGACAAAUUCAAUAUGCUCUUUCAAAUAUGACAAAAGAUCGCACAACGUUAGUUAUUGCACAUCGACUGAGUACCAUUAUUAAUGCUGAUUUGAUUCUUUGCAUAAAGGAUGGUCAAGUUGUUGAACAGGGAUCUCAUGAUGAACUUAUCCAGAAAGCAAUUGAAAAUGGAGGAGAAGGGGUAUAUUAUGAGAUGUGGCAGAAACAACUAAGAGAUGAAUCAGAAGGUAAAAUUAUUGGAGAAAAUGAAGGUUCAAGUGGAGAAAAAAAGGAUGAUAAACCAAAUUCAAAGGAAAAUGAACCAUCUUCACAUAACGUUGGUCAUGGUCAUGGUCAUGGCUAA